AUGGCGUCUUCAAAUGAGAGGGCAGAUCCCAUUCCAGAUGGUAUGUUCGCCACGGCACGUCAGUCCAUCGGAGAUCUCUUCAUCUGGAAGCAGCGUGUCGAGGUUAUCAAUGAGCACGGGGAGUCAUACGCAGAAUGGCAAUCUCCAGAGCCUAUUAAGAACCCUUUUAGUCUAAUGGCGCAGCUUUCAGCUCGAGACUGGCUAUUCUUCAUAGUGGGACUCAUUGCCUGGACAGCCGAUGCAUUUGACUUCCAUGCCCUCUCCAUCCAGACAGUAAAGCUGGCAGACUACUACGACAAAUCCAAAACGGAUAUUACGACUGCCAUUACUCUGACUCUGCUACUGAGGAGUGUAGGGGCUGCUUUCUUCGGACUCGCUGGUGACAAAUAUGGUCGUAAAUGGCCCAUGGUGCUCAAUAUGAUCAUUCUCGGAGUCUUGCAAAUUGCCACCAUUUAUAGUAAGACCUUCCAGCAGUUCUUGGCUGUACGAAGUCUCUUUGGUCUUUUUAUGGGUGGCGUUUAUGGAAAUGCUAUCUCGAUGGCUUUGGAACAUUGCCCUGUCAACGCGAGAGGCCUUAUGUCUGGAAUCCUUCAACAAGGGUAUUCCAUGGGAUAUGUGUUUGCAGCAUGUGCCAACCUUGGUGUUGGCGGUGGAACAGAAACUUGGAAGACUGUAUUCUGGAUUGCAGCCGGCAUCUCAAUUGCAGUUGGUCUUGUUCGCAUCUGCUUCCCCGAGUCACAAUCCUUUAUCGAAGCCAAGAAAGCCGGCAAGCGAACAAUGAACGCAGGCGAGUUUUGGCGUGAAACAAUAAGCAUGUUAGGCAAGGAGUGGCGCAUGUGUGUCUACUGUGUCAUUCUCAUGACCUGGUUCAAUUUCUAUUCCCACACAUCCCAAGACUCGUACACCACAUUCAUGCUCACUGCAAAAGAGCUUGAUAACAAGGGCGCCUCGCGGGCUUCAAUUCUGAUGAAGACAGGAGCCUGUGUGGGCGGAACCAUCAUCGGCUACUUGUCCCAAUUCUUCGGUCGUCGCCGAGCAAUCAUCUUCGCUGCCUUUUUAUCUGGGGUCCUCAUCCCAGCAUGGAUUCUCCCAGAAGGCGAGGGGUCUCUGAGUGCGACAGGGUUCUUCAUGCAAUUCUUCAUUCAGGGAGCAUGGGGCGUGAUUCCCGUUCAUCUAGCCGAACUAUCACCCCCGGCAUUCCGCUCUUCGUUCACGGGUCUGACAUACCAGAUUGGAAAUAUGAUUUCCUCGCCAUCGUCGCAGAUUAUAAACGCAAUCUCUGAGUCCACAUUCAUCACUAGUGCAAGCGGUCAUCGUGUUGAGGCCUAUGGGCCUGUGAUGGGAGUUGCCACUGCCAUCAUUGCUCUCGGUAUCAUGGUCACUACUGCUGUUGGUCCUGAGAAACGUGGUCGCCGGUUCGAAAGUGUUGUGGCUGGAGUUGAUGACGCUGCCAAUGCCAAAGUCAUGGAUUUGGAAACUGGUGAGGAUGAUCAUAAGCCAAGUGACAAAGCCAUUGAGAUGGCGGAUCAGAAAAUCUAA